AAGUGUUCAGCGGAAGUCACGUGGUGUACGUUGCCUGACUUGAUGUUGUGUGUGAGGAAACUUGUGUCGGUGCUGCGGACACACGGACUGUGUCUGUGAUGACAGAGUGGAGGUAAACACUCCAUCUGCCGCUGCAGCUACAGUCAGAACUCCGUUGGAAAUAUUGCUAAUUUUAACCUCAGCGGCUAACCUGACGGCGCUCAACCAGCCGGCCGGAGUGCCGCUGAGCAAAUUGCUACAAGCUAAUGAACCCGUAAUGUAAGGCGAUGCUUGCUCGGCCACCAUGGCCAGUGUCACGCUGCGGUACUUCUGUUAUGGCUGCCUCGUCACCUCGGCCACCUGGUCCGUCCUCCUCUUCCUCUACUUCUCUCUGGGGACGGAGCCCGGCCGCGGCAGGACCCCCCUGCAGCACCACAGCCAGCCAAUCACCGGGGGCCUGGCCAACCGGGGGGCGGGGCGUCGGCCUCUGCCGGCCAAUCAGGGAGUGGAGCUGUCGCCGGAGAUGGGGAUGAUCUUUAACGAAGCAGAUCAGGAGGUCCGGGACACCGGUUACCAUCGCCACGCCUUCAACGUCCUCAUCUCCACCAGACUGGGAUACCACAGAGAGCUGCCCGACACCAGAGACUCCCAGUGUCGGGAUAAGGUGUAUCCUCUGGCUCUACCUUCUGCCAGCGUAGUGAUCUGUUUCUUCAACGAGGCGUUCUCCGCCCUGCUGAGGACCGUCCACAGCGUGCUGGACCGAACGCCGGCCUACCUGCUGCACGAGAUCAUCCUGGUGGACGACCACAGCGAGCUCGAGGAGCUGAAGGACGACCUGGAUCGCUACGUCAGGGACGAGGGGAAAGUCAAACUGGUGAGGAACCAGAGGAGGGAAGGACUCAUCAGAGGACGCAUGAUAGGAGCCUCACAUGCCACUGGUGAGGUCCUGGUCUUCCUGGACAGUCACUGUGAGGUGAACCAGGCGUGGCUGCAGCCUCUGCUGGCUCCCAUCCAGAAGGACCGCCACACCGUCGUCUGCCCCGUCAUCGACAUCAUCUCAGCCGACACGCUCGCCUACUCGCCCUCCCCCAUCGUCAGGGGCGGCUUCAACUGGGGGCUGCACUUCAAGUGGGACCCCGUCCCCCCCUCUGAGCUCAACGGGCCCGAGGGAGCCACCGGACCGAUCAGGUCUCCCACCAUGGCGGGCGGUCUGUUUGCUAUGAACAGGAAGUACUUUAACGAGCUCGGACAGUACGACGCCGGCAUGGACAUCUGGGGCGGGGAGAACCUGGAAAUCUCCUUCAGGAUCUGGAUGUGCGGCGGUCAGCUGCUCAUCAUCCCCUGCUCCAGAGUCGGCCACAUCUUCAGGAAGAGGCGGCCCUACGGCUCACCUGGGGGGCAGGACACCAUGGCCCACAACUCCCUGCGGCUGGCACACGUAUGGAUGGACGAGUACAAGGAGCAGUAUCUGUCUCUGCGUCCGGAGCUGCGCGAGCGCGGUUACGGCGACAUCAGCGAGCGUGUGGCGUUAAGGAAGCGGCUGCAGUGUCACUCGUUUCGCUGGUACCUGGACACGGUCUACCCUGAGAUGCAGACCGUCGCCAACGGCAACAAGCAGCAGCCUCCGCUGUUCAUCAACAAGGGUCUGAGACGCCCCAAAGUCCUGCAGAGAGGACAGCUCCGUAACCUAGCGACCGGGCGAUGUCUCGUGGCCCAGGGACGAGCCAGUCAGAAGGGCGGGGCCGUCAUCCUGCGACCAUGUGACCCCCGUGACCCCGAACAGAACUGGGCCUACGACGAGGAGGGUCAGCUGGUCCUGGCAGGUCUGCUGUGUCUGGACGUGUCCGAGGUCAGGACCUUCGACCCCCCCAGACUCAUGAAGUGUCACGGCUCGGGGGGGUCGCAGCAGUGGAGCCUGGGGAAGUCUAACCGGCUCUACCAGGUCUCUGUGGGUCAGUGUCUCUCUGUCGCUCAGCCAAUCGGGCCCAAGGGUUACGUCUCCAUGGCGAUAUGUGACGCCUCGCAGGCGCAGCAGUGGCAGCUGGAAGGCUGAGGAGGAGGAGCAGGAGGAGGAGCAGGAGGAGGAGCAGGAGCAGCUCAGUUGUGUUUUAAAGACAAUCAGGUUUUACUGUGUGUUGAGUUUUUCUGCUCAGGACUUCAAUCAUGUUUUUUUUUUUAAAGAUUCUCAUUUUAAAACAGGAACUGAAAAUAAAUGAAACUUCUUGCAGCUGAAACUAACCUGGAAGACCUGGAAAGUCCUGCAAUGACCUGGAAAGUCCUGGAGCUGUGGGUCCACAGAGACUCAGGAUUCUUCCACUGUUUGAAUCAAACACUGAAAACAUGUUGAUGUGGAACAUAUCAGAGUAUUUGUAAGGCCUUGUGUGGGUCCAGGUGGGUCCAGGUGGAUCAGCAGCUGAAUGUUUUGUGUUUGUGUCAUCUGAUCAUCAAUAAAUCUUCAUUUCACACACUGA